GGAGUUCAGGUUCCAGGUUGCCCGGCGGUGGGCUGUGACUCCGUCUCCCACCCACGCGCGUAAUGGUUGCUGGCUUUUCCGGGGAACCACUGCUGUUGAGCUGUACCUCAUUGCUAGGGAACGGGCACUGGAAGGUCUCAGGCACGGUCCCGCUCUCUUAGGGCGGUAACGUCCUGCGCCGUUGGGAAGGGAAGGUGGGAGGAGCGAAGCCGCUGUGAACCAUGCUCGUGAGCUGUGGGUCCGUCUGUGAAGAGGCCCCUCUUUGCCUGACCGCGGCUGGAGUCUGCGCUGGCGGUUUGUUUUUGCGGCAGGCGGAAAACUACACUUCCCAGCAUCCUCGCGGUGCCAGAACUACCUUGCCCGAAAGCCUGAGUGUGAUUCAGCCAGCCUUUCGCCUCCUCCCGCCAGCCCGAAAACCGGAAAUGUGGAGUCGUUGUGCUUGGCGGCUGCUGCGGUCUGAGGGCCAUGGGAGCCCCUGGGUUUCGAGCCUUUGCGGGGAUUUUUCGCCGGCCCUGCGAAGAGACUUCUUCACCACCACAACCAAGGAAGGAUAUGAUAUGAGGCGAGUGGACAUAACUCCUUUAGAACAAAGGAGAUUAACUUUUGAUACCCAUGCACUGGUUCAGGAUUUGGAAACUCAUGGAUUUGACAAAGCACAAGCAGAAACAAUUGUAUCAGCAUUAACCACUUUAUCAAAUGUCAGCCUGGAUAGUAUCUACAAGGAGAUGGUUACUCGAGCUCAACAGGAAAUAACAGUACAACAACUAAUGUCUCAUUUGGACUCCAUCAGGAAAGACAUGGUCAUCCUAGAAAAAAGUGAAUUUGCAAAUCUGAGAGCAGAGAAUCAGAAAAUGAAAACUGAAUUGGAACAAGUUAAGCAGCAACUGAUAAAUGAAACCAGUCAAAUCAGAGCAGAUAAUAAACUGGACAUCAACCUAGAAAGAAGCAGAGUAACUGAUAUGUUUACAGAUCAAGAAAAGAAACUUAUGGAAGCAACCACAGAAUUUACCAGCAAGGAUACCAAAACCAGAAGUAUUAUUUCCGAGACCAGUAAUAAAAUUGACACUGAAAUUGCUUCUUUGAAAACACUGAUGGAGUCUAACAAGCUUGAGACAAUUCGUUACCUUGCAGGUUCCUGCAUUGGCCAGGAAAUGAUCUUCUUUACUCACCUGGUAAAGCUGCUGGGAACUCUGUAAGCAAUAGUUAUUUCCAAGGAAGCUUUAUAGGCUCCAUAAAGUCCUUAAAGCUGUCUGGUAAUAUCUGAGUCUGUGUAAAUCUAUGUCUAAAAUAGGACAUUCCGUUCAAAGCCUUGAUCAUAUAACCAAUUUUCCCAUUGUGUCCUGUUACAAGGAGAAUAGAUUCUUAUUUAAAUUAAGUAAACUUCCAUGAAAACAGAAUACUCACUGGGUUUCUGAAUGCUGGAGGGAUCAGAUAGGGAGAAAAAGAUAAAUGUUUUAAAUUGCUGUGAAUCAGUUAGCUUAAGAAACAAUCUGGAAAAACAAAACAUUUUAAAAAGUCAGCAGUGUUUCAAAGUCAUAAAAAUAAUUCUCAGUUCAUUCAGUCCGAUUUAUUCUUGUUCUGUCUAAAUCUGGUUUUUUUACUAGUUCAGAAAUUCUUACCUGGUUCAGUUUUAUGAUCUUAAGAUUAUUGGAAACUUGUACUCAGAGUUCUUUACAUGAGUCUCACUGAAGACAUUUGCAUUAGCAUCAGAGUAAAACAGUAACUUAAAGAUGACCGUGGUUAUAGAUCUGAUUAGAAUUCAUUACAAUGCAGUUGAUAAUUCAGUUUAUUCUGUCUUAUACAACACUUCAAGGUAACAUACCAAGAUACCAGAUUUUUAGGAGUUUCACUUACUUUAUUAACAUGUCUAUACAAACACAAUCUAAGAGGGUUUGGUGUCACUUUGACAGUGCUUCCACUGCAGUUUACUAUACCAAAUUUUCACAAAAUCUGAAAUGUUAGAUUAUGAUCCAAAAAUUUUAGGGUUUGAUUUUUGGAAGUAUAUUAAAAAAAUAUUUAAAAGGUUUGAACAUUUGAUUAAUUAUUAUGAAAUAGCAUUUAAUUAUUUAACCAAAGUGACAAUAAAAGAUUUCAAUGGCAAAUAGAAAUGGUUACAUCCUUGUGAGCAAAAUUUAGCUCUUUCAAUAUUAAGACUCAGUUUUCUUAAGUCCUCAAAGAUAGCCAAAGAAUCCUUGUUUUCUCGGCAGAUGACUUUAUAAAGGUAAAGAAAAGCUUUGUUUACAAUUUCUUAUUAAGAGCAGACCAGUAGUUCAAGAAAAUUAUUUACUUAAAUUCAUCCUGUUCUUUUCUAAAAUUAUUGUUCAUAAACCUUCUACAGCUUUAUUUUUUACAUUCAGGUUUUGUCCUAAGUUUUCUCUCUUUAAAUAACCACCCUCACUUUAGGACAAAAUUACUAUCUUUUUGUUCAGCAAAACUGUAUUUUGUCAACUGAAAGAAAACCAACCUCAAAAUAGGUUGGUAAAUGCUUUUUUUGUCUUACCAAGGACUAAAGCCUGGGAGACCGUCUUUCAUACUGCUUUGAAGAACUGCUCACAAGCACAUAUACCCCCUCCCUUUCAUAACUACAAAGACCCGUAGGUCAUCUUAAUACAUUAUGUUUCUCUCAUAUCUGAUUAUUUGAAAAUAUUGCUUGCAUGCCUCUGCUUAACUGAUCUUCUGUUUCUACCUGUUUGAUUUCUCCUUGAGGUCACUUGAGACAUCAAGUCAGAUAAGGCCAACAUUGGUUGCAUACUGCAGUUUUAGUGCACAGUUUGUAUUCCUCAUACUUUCCCUGCAUAUAGUGUUGUUUCCCUUAUUUCUAGUCGUAAUUACAUUAUAAUCCUUAACUCUUAGAAACUAGUUUCUAGUGAAAACUAUGUAGUAAACAAUUGUGAACUGUUCGUAAUUUUUAGAAACCUGUGCUUCAUAGCAAAGCACAAAACAUUUUCUAACAUCCAGAUUUAUCUUUAAUUUCUCUGUAAGACAAAAAUAGAUAAUGUAAUGAAUUUAUCUUAAUUCGAUAUUUAACUUAGCAGAACAUUAAAGUUUCAAGGUUACCAAAGAUCUUGGAAGACAUUUAAAAGUUUACACUACAAACAAAAAAAGAAACCUUUUUUUAUGUUUAUUUACUUGUUCUUAAGAAUUAUGUUCAGACCACCCAUAAAACUUCAUGAGGCAAUAAAGUCAACCACUGUCCUAAGUUUAUUUUCUGGUAAGUUUUGCAAAAGAGAUAACAUGAACAUAUUUAACUCUUAGUAAACACAUGCAUAGUAGACGUGUCUUUAACCAACAAUACUAAAGUUAGUCUCUAGCUUUCUGAGUUUUGGACCACCCAGUCCUUACAAGCACUUGUCUUUAUAACUUUUGUUUUUAUUCAUACUUGUCUAGAGGACAUUAAAGGCCGGAUUUCCAAAUACUCCCCCCCACCCCUCCAUGAAAAACUUCUCCCUAACACUGGUAUUUCAAACAAGGGCUCUUUAAUCCUAGAGAUGAUGGGGGUGGAAAAUUUACAUCCCAAAGGUAUGGAGAGAUUAUUAAGGUGGAGAUAGAACAUAUCUGCUUGUUAUCAAAGACCCUUUUAGAAGUUUGCCGUUUUAAUUUUCAGUCACAGGCAGUUGUGGGCUGUGUUUACAUUUUAAAGAUCUAAGAAUUUCAAGGGACAGUGAAAGACUGCAAAACAAACUUUUUUCCUUCAGAGUUUCAGAUUGCUAUUUAAGAUUUGGCAUUUUUUCUUAAGUGCAGGACAAUUUUGUACCAAUAUCCUGAUCUUUUAAAAUAUCUAUAGACAUUGUGAGAGGCAUAGGUGGGCUUUGAUUUGUUUCUAGAAUUGCAUUUCUGGUUUUAUAGAGAUUUGUAAGACAAAGUUGUUACUAAUUCCCACAAAAUUGGAGUAUGGCCUGAAUAUCAGGGGCUUGGCCUGUUUUUUUAACUAAAUUUGCUUUAUAUCAGAUUUUUAACUAAAAUUUUAAUCAGAAACUUUAUGCCUUUGUAAAAUCUUUCUGAAGCACUUUAACAAAAGCCUUUUUACUGGGUAUACAGUUCACCCUUGGCUUUUCUGUUAGCCCCUGAGUAUUGGCAUUUCACAAACCAUUUGUAGGAGGGUCUAGGAGAAAUUUUGGUCAUUGUCCCUCUCCAAAGGGGGAACUGUGAAUAGUCUAAAUUUGGUAGGAUUGUCUGAAAGUAGAGGUAAAAGCCUUUACAAUUUAAAAGAUUUUCUGCUGUCCGGGGAACACAAUUUCUUUUGUGGCAGGUGGUCUAGGAUCUACUUCUAAAGGACAUUGCAUAGGAAUGCCUGAAGCUGGCAGAGCCUGAUUCCAGAGCCCUGGAAGAUAGGAGCAAAGAGAGCCUUACUGCCAGUCUUGGGUGCUUUGGUUAACAUUUCUGGCUUUCAGCAUUUAUAUGAGCAACAUGUAUACUUUUAACCUAGAGAUUAGGCCAGAGUUCUCUGUGAAAUCCUGAAGGGAAAUGGGAAUGAAAACAAACAGAUGAGGCUGGAUUUUAAGAAGGGACAUUUAUGUUGGAUAUGGACAUUGAUUUUUGUCUGAAGUCUGAUUUCUCUUCAUCUUGUCAGGGGAGUCCCUAAGGCUAGCCAUUAUACUAAUACAGUUGAGAGCGCUCUAUAAGAUAGGUAUUUUUAAACCUGUAUACCUCUGAAACAAAUAAUACAUUAUAUGUUAAAAAAAGAAGAUAGUAGGAAGGGAAAAUUGGAGGGGGAGACAAACCAUGAGGGACUAUGGGCUCUGAAAAGCAAACUGAGGGUUCUAGAGGGGUGGGGGGAUGGGUUGGCCUGGUGAUGGGUAUCAAAGAGGGCACAUAUUUAAUGAAGCACGGGGUGUUCUAUGCAAACAAUGGGUCAUGGAACACUACAUCAAAAACUAAUGAUGUAAUGUAUGGUGAUUAACAUAAUAAGAUUAAAAAUAUAUAUAUGUAGCCAAUUUAAAGGAUCCAUUGUCUAGGCAUUGACAAAUAAGAUCUAUCAGUAGUAACUCAAAUCAAUAAGCCUUUAAUGGCUUAACCAAAGCCACAAGAGGCAUCCAGAGAAGGGUGGAGAUAAUGUAGCUCCCGUGAUCCGAAAGUUUACUCCCAAAAUUAAUCUAAGGAAACAAAGGCCUUCAUUGCACAGGUAUUAAGGAUAAUGCAAUGAAAACCGUGUCUCUGAUCUCCCACAAAAAUGUGAGACUCCUGUCACAAAACCACUAAUCUUUGACACCAGGCAGGUGCCACUUAGGAAUGGGACUUUCCAGCACUAACAACAAAGGUCCCUAUGGCCUGGGACCUCUCAUAGGAAACUCUGCUGAGAGGGGCAUAGCUAGACAGGGUCAGAACCCAUCUAUUCAACUGGCCAUCAGGGUGUACCCUCUGGAUAGCGGAGACCAAAAAGAAUAUUCUCAGUGGUCACAAAGCCAAGCUCUGAAGACCUAGAAUAAGACAAAAGGGAAAAAACCAUCCAGUUUUUCUUGUAGCUAAGCCGUGGGGGUCUCUUGGAACAACACUAAUACCUGGGAGGCUUAUGCUAUGGAUUGUGUGUUUUACAGCCUACCUUGUUGCACAGAAGUUUUCUGGAAGUUGGCAAGUGACCUUUGUCAAUCUAAGCUGUCCAGGACCAACAUAGCAUGGGAGUCUUUGAGCUAGGUGGCAAGCACUCUACUGGCUUUUAAGUGCCAAAGCUGUGUCCACCAAUUUUGUGGCUUCCAAGAUGUCCCUUAGCAACAGCCUUUACCUCAUGUAUGACAAAUGACAUAAAAGACACAGGAAAACAAAGACAGUCCCUGGGAUGAAAUGCAUCCAUAACCAAGGAGUACUCUACUUAAUUUACCAACAGUCAUUAAGCACAAGGAACUAGUUCCACAAAUAUUUUCUCCCGCUCAUCUUCAUUUAGAAAAAGGGUUCUCACCACUCUUGCUCUUGACUCAGAUUCCAUAGAGAUUCCAGGAGAUACACAUGAUAAGAAAUCUUACCCUCUGCUGGCUAUAUGUCAGAUUUCCCAAGGAUCUCUCUGCUGCAGCAGUGCCGGGGGAGAGUGGUAUCCAGUGAGUUUAAAGCAUCCUGCUGUUUAUGCCAACUGUCUGUCAGGAAGAAAGAAUGUCCUCUGCCCUUCAGAGUUCUUCUAGCUGGAUCAAGAAUCAAAUUGACAUGACACAUUAACAGGAGAAAAUCAAAUUUGGUUUCAUAUGGACAUGGGGAAUCCACAGACAUGAAAUCCCAACAGGCAACAUGAAGCUUACAUGACAUCCUGAGCUAAGGAGAGGGGUUAUGGAUCCUGGGGAUAGGGGAGGAAGGUCCAUUAGCACCAAAAUCAAACAAGUCAGAGACUCUGGAAGGAAUCAUCUUUUUAAGCCAAGCAACCUGUUCUUUGAUCUUUCGUAACUGAGUUUCAGCUUCCCCAGAAAAGUUGCUCUAGGCAUAGCAGGUGGUCACCAGAGCAUAGAUACCGCUUUGCUCAGCAAAAAAAUAAUCAAGAGCUAUUCUAUUAUCAAGGACAACUUUGGCUACAGAAUCUAAGGAUCUUUGUUGGGCUGCUAUUUUUUUAGCAGCAAAUUCUGUAAUAACUUAGGAAUUAAGGAGAAGUUCUUAAUCAUAGUCUCAUUUAUAUAUUUAUCCCUAAACAGGGAAAUAGGGAUUGGCCAAAAGGAGUGAAUCCUGAAUCAGAAAAGCAUCCUGGUAUAAAUCCUUUAAACUUAGGGGAGUCGAAACACUGUGAUGUGUUAUUUUGCUUGUGAAAAGUUAAAGGCCUUUAUUUACACAAAACAAGACAAACAUGUGCCUCAACACAACCAGCAGUAACCAAAAUAUGUCACUGCAGACUGUCCAAGAGAAGGCCAUGCACACCACCAGCAGUUCCCAAACUGAACUCAAGCAGACUUCAUUCAGGGACUAUGGACUAGAAAUGAGGAAAGGACUAAACCAGUAAACCCCAAUAACUGGGGGAAGGAUUCCAAUGUGGAAUUGUAGACUGAACCAAGGGUUAAGUCCAUUAGAGCCUUCUUUGUUAGUCUAGACUGAUUCAUUAACCCUGGACUGGAAAGCCAAUUAGAUGGGUGGCUUGAACCCAAAAAGAGCUGAAACUGACUUACCAAAGGCCCUCAAAUGACAAGAAAGUGAACUCUCAGCAUUUGUGGGGUGCCACACCUGUGUUUCUCAUUGUCCCCAAAAGCCAAUAGAUGUUUGCUUCAGAUCUCAGCGCUGCCACCAAAUCUGUUAAAAAAACAAACCUAGUAAACUUGAAGAUCUAAUUGGCUUUAUUAAAUGAACUGGGCAGCAUCUCAUUUAGCCAGUAGAGGGGAGCUCCCAGGAGUUGUCCAAAAUGUAAGGUUUUGGGGCACCGGGCUGGAUGGCUCAGUUGAGAGAGCAUGUGACUUUUGAUCUUGAGGUCAUGAGUUUGAGCCUCAUAUUGGGUAUAGAGAUUACUUAAAUAAAACUUAAAAAAAAAAAAUGGAAGGUGAAAAGGAGAGUUGGGCAAGUAGGUUAUUAGCAAAAGGAUUGUUCCAAGUAGUCACUUUCCCUUAGUGGAAGAGCGGGAAGUCUUAUGCACAUCACUUCAUCUUCUUGUGGGGUAUGGAGAGGACUCAUGUGGCAGACUCCUCGCUGAUCCACAGAAUUCCUGACUGACUGGUUAAAACCACACUGUUUAAACUACAAUCAGAUAUUAAGCCCCAGUCUGGGGACUUGGCCUCAGUGACACCAUUUGGGGCCUGUGGUUUUAACAUUGUGUUUUUCAGAGAAAGUAAUUGCUGUCAUUUGAUACUGAGACCUGUUAGCUCCUAUCUCCCAGGGUAACCAUGGAGCACAAAAGAAAAAAAAGAGCUAGAACACAUUUCCUUUAUCACUUGACAGUGCUGGAAGAAUAGAAGUUUAACAGGCAGUAAGUUUAAGAUAUAAGUUUAACUGGUGACUCUGCAACCUACUAAUAGGAAAAAGCAUAUGGAUAUCAAAGAAAUACAUAAAAACAAGUACAAAGUGAUGCAAAGAUAAACUGGUUAUUCCACAAUGCAAAAAAAUGAAAAUUUUACUUUUAUUCCUAUGUUUUUCCAUAAGGACUUACAGAGUGGACUUACAGAGAAAGAUCACUAAAACAGAGGCAAAAACCAUAGCAAGCAUAGGGGGAAAAUUACCCUAUACUUUGAAUCCAGCUGAGUACAAAUAUUAGAGACCCAAAAAUUAGAUUGUCACAUACUGAGCUCCUCAAGUACCAUGUGACUGACACAGGGCCCAAAGGAAUGAGAAGAGUGCCCUACUUUUGUAGUACUUUUCUCUUUCUUUUUAUAAGAAGUAAUGUGUUGGGCGCCUGGGUGGCUCAGUCGUUAAGCGUCUGCCUUCGGCUCAGGUCAUGAUCCCGGGGUCCUGGGAUGGAGCCCCACAUGGGGCUCCCUGCUCAGUGGGAAGCUGGCUUCUCCCUCUCCCACUCCCCCUGCUUGUGUUCCUGCUCUCGCUAUGUCUCUCUCUGUCAAAUAAAUAAA